AUGUCGAUACAGCUGACCCAGUCUGAAGUUGGAGGCAUCGAUGUGUUCCAGUCACACAAAGGCCUCUGGAAAGAAUCAACCCAUAGACUAGGACCUGGAGUGAAGAAGACCAGUUGUGGCUUGAACAAAAGGCAGACAGAGAGAACUAAUGCCAAGCCCUUCUCCUCCUCAGACAGCCUAGCGAAGGUCCAGGAGGUAGCAAGCUGGCUUUUGGAAAUGAACCAGGAUCUGCUGUCGGGGGGCAGCAGCAGCAGGCGGAGUCGGGGGCCGGGGGGUCCGGCAGUGCGAGGUAACGCCCCCUCCACAGCCCGGGCGCCCCAGCAGGCGGCAGAGGAGGGCGAUGAGGAUGAUCACAUGAACCGGGUAGUAGAGGAGGAAGAGCAGCUGCAGCAGAGGCCUGAUGCAUCACAGGUUGACGGCGGAAGAGAACAACCAUGGGCGCCCAGCGAGUCAGGAGCCAGCAACGGCCCUCGCGGAGACGAGGACGGCGAGGACGGCCCGCCAAACGAAGUGAACGGUAGGGAGAAAGGCGCCCGAUGGAUGUGGGAGUCGGAGCAGAGGCGGCUACGAGGGCAGCCGCUUGGCGAAGAGGAGGAGGAGGAGGAGGAAGAGGAGGAGAACAACAACAGCGGCAGCCACCAAGAGGAGGAGGAGGAGGAGGAGAGGACAGAGGGAGGGGAGCAGCAGCAGGGAGGGGAGGAAGAGGAGAGGGAAGAGGGCGAGGAGGAAGAGGACGAGGAUGAGGACGAGGAAGAGAUGGACCAAGACAGUGAUGACUUUGAACAUUCAGCAGAGAGCGGGAGAGAAGAGGAGGAGGAAGGAGAAGGGGUGGAAGGGCUCCGGUCUCCCUCUCUCAGGAACAAUGUGUCUACCCCCAAUAACAACCUGGACUCUGGUUGUACACACCAAAGCUCUUCCAACAAGAAGAUGAAAAGGAAGUUGGACCAUGGCCCCGAGGUCCGAUCUUUCCCUUCAGGAAAAAAGCCCUGCAAAGGCCCAGAGUAUCCCAGCCCGACGGGACUUGUUCCAUGUCCAUCCACACCCACCACAUUUGGCCAAAUCAGAACAGCCAACAGUCAGGGGCAACAAAGACGGCGUAUCACCUCAAUCCAGCCACCUACGGGUCUCCAAGAAUGGCUCCGAACAUUUCAGAGCUGGACUGGCCCGGAGAAGCUGCUGGCGCUGGAUGAGUUGAUUGACAGCUGUGAGCCCACACAAGUCAAGCAUAUGAUGCAGGUGAUCGAGCCGCAGUUUCAGCGAGACUUUAUCUCCCUGCUUCCCAAAGAGCUGGCUUUGUACGUCCUGUCAUUCCUGGAACCGAAAGACCUCCUCCAGGCGGCCCAGACGUGUCGCUACUGGCGCAUCCUGGCAGAAGACAACCUGCUGUGGAGGGAGAAAUGCAGGGAGGAAGGCAUCGAUGAGCCUCUGCCCCUCAAGAAGAGGAAAAUCGUCAAGCCUGGCUUUACUCACAGCCCCUGGAAGAGUGCCUACAUCAGGCAGCACAGAAUAGACACUAACUGGAGGAGAGGCGACCUCAAAUCACCCAAGGUGCUGAAAGGUCACGAUGACCACGUGAUCACCUGCCUCCAGUUCUGUGGCAACCGCAUCGUCAGCGGCUCCGACGACAACACGCUGAAAGUCUGGUCGGCUAUCACAGGAAAGUGUCUGCGGACGCUGGUGGGCCACACUGGGGGCGUGUGGUCAUCCCAGAUGCGAGACAACAUUAUUAUCAGCGGCUCCACUGAUCGCACACUCAAGGUCUGGAACGCAGAGACAGGAGAAUGUAUCCACACCCUCUAUGGGCAUACCUCAACAGUGCGCUGCAUGCACCUACAUGAGAAAAGGGUGGUCAGUGGCUCUCGCGACGCCACACUGCGCGUCUGGGACAUCGAGACGGGUCAGUGUUUACACGUCCUCAUGGGCCACGUGGCGGCGGUGCGCUGCGUCCAGUACGACGGCCGGCGGGUGGUCAGCGGUGCCUACGACUUCAUGGUGAAGGUGUGGGACCCCGAGACGGAGACCUGCCUCCACACGCUGCAGGGCCACACCAACAGAGUGUAUUCAUUACAGUUUGACGGGAUCCACGUGGUGAGCGGCUCGUUGGACACGUCCAUCAGGGUCUGGGACGUGGAGACGGGCAACUGCAUCCACACGCUCACGGGUCACCAGUCCCUCACCAGCGGCAUGGAGCUCAAAGACAACAUCCUGGUCUCCGGCAACGCAGACUCCACUGUCAAGAUCUGGGACAUCAAGACGGGACAGUGCCUACAAACACUGCAAGGUCCACACAAGCACCAGAGCGCCGUGACGUGUCUCCAGUUCAACAAGAACUUUGUCAUCACCAGCUCGGACGACGGCACGGUUAAACUCUGGGACCUGAAGACGGGCGAGUUCAUCCGCAACCUGGUGACGCUGGAGAGCGGCGGCAGCGGCGGCGUGGUGUGGCGCAUCCGGGCGUCCAACACCAAGCUGGUGUGCGCGGUCGGCAGCCGCAACGGGACGGAGGAGACCAAGCUGCUGGUGCUGGACUUUGACGUGGACAUGAAGUGAGGGGGGGCGUGGUGGGUAAGGACGAAGAGCGCAAACGAAUAGAGUGGGAGACGAGGCGCCUGGAGACCGGAGGGCCCCGAAGCCGACAACUCUUCACCCAAACCAAUUCUACCACCACCACCACCACCACCAGUGGGCUGUCCAGUCCUCCACCAUUAUCUCCCUCGUCCGCCUCCUGGGUAAACGUUACUGACAAAGCCACAGACCCUCACAUGUGUUUCGCCCCCUGCUUCUGACCCCGAGCGCCACACUGAGGUGGAGUCGUAGGGGA